UCUCGAGUGAUUCUCAUUAAAUGAAGUUACUUGAUUGAAUUGAUCUCUGAUCGACAAAUGAAAUAUUAGCCUCCACUUUGGUUAUUGCCAAAUACUAUCAGAUUUGAUUAUUCUCAAUCUUUAUUGAAUUGUUUGUAUCCUAAUAUAAUGAUAUGAUUGCAUCAAAUUAUUUUGAUCGGACCGACUAGAAAGACUACUAAAGAUUUAUAAGAGUUUUUGAAGUUUGAUUUCAAAAACUUAAAUUUUUAGAAAGAGGUCUCAUAAGAGUAAUAUAUAUAAUAGAAGGCUACUAAAGAUUUAAAAUUGCUUGUUUACGCAAAACAUUGCUUGUUGGAGCAAGAAAGCUAGUGCACCAAGUUCAUAGUCAGAUAAACUAGUGGGGUGAAACAUAGCUGAACGACUACAAAUGCCCGAGCCCUAUCUUUGAGAGUUUAGGUUGCAUAAUAGGAGAGACAAAUGCAAAAAAGGAUUCAAUCUCUCAUGACAUGGUGCAUCUAUUUGCUAGCAAGUAGCUAGGGUUACAAACGGGUUAGGGUGGCUAUGGCUCGAUCCUGAGCAAAGAUGCUGGUUCAUCUUUUUUAGAUUUAAAAAUAAGUCUUUGGAUUAUAGUUUGCUACAUCAAUAGGUACUGAUGCGUACAACCAUAUGAUACUAUAUUCGUAUUCAAUAUCCAUCGAUGGUAUCAAGAUGGCAUCAAUAUGAAUCUGGUGGUAGUAAGAUAGCGAAUCUUGCUUUGAAUAAUAUUUGCAAGCUGUACUAGGCUAGGACUGCAAACAGGUUGGGGUGGUCCAUGAACAACUUGAGCUUUGGAUCAUUAGAUUGAUGACUUGUUCAAUUGAGUGCAUUGUAUCACAGAAAAUGAGCCAGGUCUGAAAUGUGCUGCAUGUGGGCUGAACCUGCCAGUUUUAUCAGCAGCUCGGCCUGGCUCCAAAGGUCGCUUUACGGUUCGCUCUCGGACGGCCAAAUCCUUGCUCUUCUUCUCUCCGACGACCUCCAUCCCGAAACCCCUCUCCCCUCCGACGAGUUUAUCCAUCCGCAUUCUCUGGGCCCUCGCCCUCUUGCCUCCGUCGAGCUCCAUCCGUCGUGGCCGCCGCCGCCGCCGCCGCCGUGACCGCUUUCAAGUUUAUCUCCGGCGCCCUUCGCUCAUGGCCGCAGAAUCGCCGAUUUCCGACCGAAAAGUUGUAGUUCACCUGAGGGCGACCGGCGAUGCUCCCAUACUCAAACAAACAAAAUUUAAGAUUGCUGGUAAUGACAACUUCUGUAAGGUCAUUGAAUUUCUUCGUCGUCAACUUCGUAGAGAUACAUUGUUUGUUUAUGUCAAUAGUGCAUUUUCACCAAACCCAGAUGAAUUGGUGAUUGAUCUAUACAAUAUAUUUGCGCUGUGGUCACUUUAUACCUGUGACAAGAAUUUUGGGUUUGAUGGGAAGCUGGUGGUCAACUAUGCGUCCUCCAUGGCGUGGGGCUAAGAGAAAACACAAGGUGGUCUUCAAGCUGGAUUUCUAGCUACUUGCCCAGGGAAAGAUAAACAUCUUUCUUUUCUUUUCUUUUUUUGUUGGGUUGAUGAUUGUAUAGUACAUAUUGGCUUCAGAUGAAUGAUGACAGAAUCCAGUUUCUGAGAUGUAUGAAUUGUACUGCUUGCAAGUACUGUUUCUUCGUAGGAAUGGAAGUUGAAAACACCAUUCUUUCUAUGAAAUAAAUAUUUUUUAUUUUCCACUUUCUGACAUAUAUGAGUUGUACUGCUUGUAAGUACUGUUUCUUCGUAGGAAUGGAAGUUUAAAACACCAUUCUUUCUAUGAAAUGAAUAUUUUUUAUUUUCCUUU